UGUACCUUCGGAUGAUUAUAAUAAAAAAGCUGUUAUUUUGAGCAAACAGAAGUUCGAAGAUCUUAACCAAAAGGCAAAAAUAAUUACGGACAAUGAUGAAAAGGAAGAGGCACAAAAAUCAAACCAGUUAAAAGUGGAAGCUGCGGAAGCCUCAAAUAUAAGAAAACAGGAAAUGCGGAAGUACGAUUUAGCCCGAACCAAAAAUGCCAAGCUCACUGAUCUAGAAGAGGAGGCCCGAAAACAAGCAGAGGUGUUGUUACAGAAAGCACUUGAACAAAGACAGGACCAAGAAGAUGAAAUUAAAGCGCUGAAUGAACUAAUAUUGAACGCCAAGAUUCAAGCGAUUCGUGAUGAGCAAAUAUUAGAAAAACAACAAAUUAAACGGGAGCUUACUGAAGAGGAACUGCGUUUAGACAAUAUGAUGGAACAGGCCAGACAAAAUGCAAUACGUAUACAAGAGGAGAUUGAUAAAAAGCGCCAAGAACAGGAGAUGCUUGGAGCCUGCGAGGUACUAACUCAGAUUCAACAAAAUAAACAAGAUCGUUUACUCGAAUUGGAGAGAGAAGAACAAGAGAAUGCAUUGACUCAGCAACGGCUGGCCGAAGAGAGGAUGAAGGAUAUUGCCGACCGCGAAUAUAAAUUUGCGCUGCAAGCAAAGAUGAGAGCUGAAUUAAAUGAAGCCAACGAUGAAAUGCGCAAAAGAAGAGAAGAAGAAAAGGAGCGCGAUCGGCUGCUUGAUUUACAAAUCAUACAAAUUCAGAAGGAGAAGGCG